GGCUUUUCCCUUGCUCCCUUCCCCGGACCUGUCGUGCCCCUCUUCGCUCUGGCCCUUUUGACUAGUGGGCAAUAUUUUCCGUGAGCGGGAGGCAGCCCUUCCGGACUUGGAGCCUUCCCCGGCUGAACCGAUGUGCCCCGCGCAGGGAAGGUGACGCUCGCUGGGGCCGGGAGAACCGGCUGCAAGCCCGACCUUCGCGUCCCGUAGGCGGCCAGGGGCAACCCGGAGCUCUUCCCCCGCCCCGGGACAAAACUCCCCGAGUUUCUCACGGGAGGGCCGGGCUCCGGGCCCCGCGCCUUAGCCCCGUUGCCCUGGGAGGUUGACCGGCAGCCUGCAUUCCCGUCGGAUCAAACCCGUCCCUUCUCUCGUCCGCUGGCUGUCAGCCUGGGAGAUCUCCCAGCAAGGACAUGGCUUCAAAUGAAAGAGAGAUUGUGGUUUGGGUUUGCCAAGAGGAGAAGAUUGUAUGUGGCCUGACAAAGCGCACAACUUGCUCAGAAGUGAUUCAAGCACUGCUUGAGGAACAUCAGACAACAUUUGGAGAGAAAAAGGUCCUUUUUGGAAAACCUAGUGAUUACUGCAUUGUAGAAAAAUGGAGAGGCUCAGAGAGAGUACUGCCUCCCUUGACAAAGAUUCUGAGACUUUGGAAGGCCUGGGGGGAAGAGCAGGCUAAUUUGCAUUUUGUAUUGGUAAAGUCAGAUGCUUUCCUCUCAUUUCCAUUGUGGAAGACAGCUGAAGCCAAGGUAGUACAAAAUGUAGAAAAGCAGUGGGACCUCAGUCCAGCAAACUACAUGAAGAUGUUGCCAAUAGACAAGCAAAAGAAAAUUGUGAGGAAGACUUUCCGGAAACUGGCCAAGCUUAAGCAGGACAGUGUUCAGCAAGAGAGAGAUAAUAUGGAGACACUGAUUCAUCUGAUAAUUUCUCAGGAUCAUACCAUUCAUCAACAAGUCCUUAGAAUGAAGGAACUAGAUAUGGAAAUUGAAAAAUGUGAAGCAAAAUUCCAUCUAGAUCGUGUGGCAAAUGAUGGAGAAAAUUAUGUGCAGGACUCCUAUUUAAUGAUCGGUACAAGUGAGGCUGAGCAUCAAGGGAGUAGGCCAGAUGAUCAAAAAGAGAUGCAUGACUAUUUGAGCAAAAGUGAGGGAAUUUUACAGGUUGAAGAGAGACUGAAACAUCACAAACAAUUAAUAGAGAAUUUGUGUGCUGAAAUUGAAAGAGAAGUACACGGUAUUUGCAUGGGAAAAAACGGAGAGUCUGUUCACACAGAAGGAGCUGCUAAUGCUGAACUGGAAACCUCAGAUUUGGAAAGUGUAAAAUAUGAGCUGGAAAAAAGCAUGAAAGAUGGUCUGAGAAUCAACUCAUACCUGAGCUGCAUCCAGAAAGAACUUACAUACAGGGACUCACUGCUUCAAAAGAAGGAAAAAGAAUAUGAACUUCUUACAGAAGAAUUUAAUUUACUGCAUGUUAAGGACAACAUUGAAAUUGGGCUUCAAUCAAAUGAAGAGCCAUCUAAGGGCAGUGGCAUCUCCAGUACCAGCAUUGCUGUUCCAGACUUUGUUCAUAGAGUGACUAAUCUGGACAUAAACGAUACAGACUCUGACACUGGAAUCAGCUCUACACACAGUCAGGACUCUGAAAUAACUGCAGGGGACAUGGUACUGCUGUCAACAUAGUUGAAAACGGUUGUGCAUUUUUAAAAAUUUUAUUUUAGAGGAUAUUUAUAAGAAUUAGUAAACCUGUUGUCUUGAAAGUUUAGCUCUUCAAGGUAUUAAAGCUGUGGCACUGCUUUAGCAAAGUAAAGCGUGUCUAUUUAUAUCCUUAAUAGUGUGCUUGUGCUAGAAUGCUAUGUGCUAGAAUGGGUUAACUGGUAAUAGGUGAAAAGUUGUUGAUUUUGCUACAUCAAGACAGACUAUUUAGACUUUGUAAUGUUGCUACACAGUGAAAUGGGAGCAUUCUGACUGGCUUGGACCAAAAUUUUGGAGAUUUCAUAUCCUUUGGUCUUUGUGUCUGCUCCUGCAUCUCCCUAAUUUUAUAGGAAUGUGAAGUAGAGACCAGAGAAAACUAGACCAAGAGCUUGAUUUUCUGUUCUAUUACAUUAGCUUUAUGCAGAUGGAGUUUCCUUGCUGUAAAAGAUGAAGCUGCUGUAAAAGAUUAUAUAAUUAAGCAUUUAAUCUGUUAAAAAAUAGUUUUUAUGAUAAUGUAGAACAGAAGAAAUAUAAUUGCAUUUAUGCUGUAUUUUUUAAUUUAGUUUAUAUGUAAUAUCAGGAUGAUAGUUUUAAAAACUCCUAAGUCCCAUUGUAAAAAUUACCUUCCACAUAUGGGUUUUUAAUUUUGAUUCUCUUUCCGCAGUUUUUAUCUGCUUUUAAGAUCCUUAAACCCCCUACUUAUCUGCUGUUACCCUGUAGUUGCCCUAGUGAUGUUUUAAAUCCACAGAGUUUCUGCCAGCAGGCAUGUCAGGACUGCUUAGGUCCUCCUUGUGCGAGACGCUCAAAUCCCAGGCUCACACCUAACCCUAGGGGCAUUUUCAGCAAGACUUUCUCCUGCCUAUCUCACCGGUUGGAUCCAGUGUCUUAAGCCUCCUGAAAUCAUGACUAUCAAAAAAAAGCAUAGCAGAAGCAACAGGUAGGAACCAGUCAUUUUAGUCUCUGGCUAGACACUGUUUCCCAAUAGCCAGCUAGCAACUAUUUUCAUAUAGCAAGUAGGUUUUCAAAUCCCAUUUUGUACUGUUUUGAAGCAGGAACCUAUAAAUCCUUCUUCCUCAGUGAGGACUUUGAGAUAUAGCUAAAACUGAUCCACUUUAUAUAGUUAAUAAAAUAUUGGGCUCCAGGUAAAAUAAAAAAAAAAAAAAAAGAAAAAGAAGGAAUGCAAAACAUGAUAAUUUUGCAACUGUGGUUAAGUCCAUGUUUUUUUUCAUUUAGGAUUUGUAGUUUAUCGUAAACCCUUCUCCAGCAUAUUGCUGUAGGUCCAAAACAAAGCCAUAGAAUUGAAUUGCCUCAGUCACCAAAUAAGAUUUAUAACUGUGCUAGAGGCUCUGUUAACGAAGAGCACGUGCAUAAUUUCUAGAUUGCCAUGUUCAUUUUACAAAUCAAUCUGUUUAAUACUUCUGAUUAAAAUAACUAACUGGGGAAAUAAUUGCAAUAUAUCUGAAUAAAGUUCAGUUCUGCAAAAUUCAAAAGAAUCAUGGAAUUAACAGCCUACAAAGUGAACAAAUGGACAGUACCUAGAAGGUGUAAAUGUAAAAUUCUUUCAGAUACACUGCUUUCUUUAAUUUUCUUAAGUGUCUGUCAACCAUGUGUUUUCUAAAAUGGCCAAAGUCCUAGGAUUGCUGAUUAGCCCAUAUUUAAUGCAGGAAAACAAAAAACAAAACAAAACAAAAAAACCCCAAACCAAAACAAAAAAAACCCAAAGAACCCCAAAAAUCAAAAAAAGAAAAAGAGACUUUUCUAAAAAGAAAAUUGAAAAUUGUUGUGGUUUAUUUGUUAUGGGUUUUUUCCUAAUCCUGGCUAUUAUAAAUAGUUUCUGUUUCACCAAAGUGUGCUAGUUGCCUUAAUAUAUUUUGUGUUGUAUUUUUUUCAUACAAUGUUAUUUGAAUGCUUCAGUGAUACUGUGUAAUAUUUAGACUCAUCAGCUCCUGAUGGAAACACGUGUAUGAAAUAUAUUAUCUUUGUAAUAAUUUAUUAACGCAACUCUGCAUCUUUUGACCUCUGUGGUAUCACUCAUAAAAGUAGUUAAGCCCAGAGUUCUGAAUGCUGAGAAUAGAUUAAUGUAUUCUAUGAAUUCUUAUGAGUUUAGUUACCAAUAGCUACAAUUUCUAUUGUCAUUUUUUAUAUAUAACUACUUAGAGGAUAGAGAAUUGAAACAGUAAUAUACACAGCUGUGCAGGCUAGUAAAAGACCCAUGGGGGAAAAAUUAAUUUCCACUCAUACUCUACCAGAUUUAUUUUGCUCAUAGGAACUUGUGUGGGUUCUCUCAACUGAUCUUUAUCCACACUUGGUGGUUGAUUGUACCUCCCCUGCAACUUCUAGGUCUUAAGACUAUCCCUGUGUUUUAAGAAGAAAAUAGGUAAAAUAGGCUGAGAGAGAGCAUUUCUAAAAAAUAAAAUAAUAUUAAAAA